AUGUCUCUUUGUCAAGAUUGCCGUCAGCUUGAUCUUGCUGACCUAGUUGAUGAGGAAUACGAAGUUCAAGACAUUAUUCUUCAUUCUUCAAUCGCUGAUCUCGAGAGAAAUGUUUCUGCGUGCGAUUUGUGUCAACUCUUCCACACAUCUAUCACCGAAAAGCUCCGGGUCGAGGGAGUUAGUGUUGACCAAGAGGCUUGGUAUGACACAGACUCGCCGGUUAUCUUGCGGGGCACUCAGUACAAAGAUGAGAAGUACGAGUCUCGGGGACUCUUUUGGGUCAAGGUCCGCUGCGAUCGCCUGAGCCCGAGGGCAUACUGCUAUUUCAGCUUCUAUCCCAAAGACGAGACGACCCGGCUAGAGAACUCCAUCCUAGGCAGACCCAUCAAACCUCCCGCUAAGCAACUCAGUCUUGUGAAAGACUGGGUGCGCGAGUGUGAAGACCGCCACCAGAGUUGCCAUUCAGCCCCUGCUACUCUGCCCACACGAGUUGUAGAUGUUGGUGUCGAAGGAGUGAGGGAGCCUCGGCUCGUUGUGACGAGUGGAGAAGUCGGCCGAUACAUGACAUUAAGUCACUGUUGGGGCUUACAUCCUGUUAUUCGCACCACUAGCGAGACAAUCAAUGGCCACAUCAAGUCGCUGCCAAUGUCCAAGUUACCUCCGACGUUCAGAAACGCAGUCUUGAUAACGAGGUCACUUGGCGUUCAGUAUCUAUGGAUCGACUCCCUCUGCAUCGUACAGGACUCAAAAGAGGACUGGGAACUCGAGAGUGUGAAGAUGGGCACUAUCUACGCCUCUUCAUGUCUGACUAUCGCUGCCUCAGCGUCCGCAGACUCCACAGGGGGUUGCUUCUUACCGCGUUCAACUUCAAAUCACGUUCAAGUUAAGUGUACUCGGAAGACGAACGAUGAAUCGGUGUCUAUUCCCGUAUUCUUACGACCUAGACCUCGUGACUUCAGUCACCUACCACAAAGCAUCCUACAUUCACGUGCGUGGGUAACGCAAGAGCGCCUGCUAUCUGCCCGAAUGGUACACUACGACUCUGAUCAACUUCUUUGGGAAUGUCGUGAAUCUCGUCUGGCAGAAGAUGGGGUACCGACGGAUGCAUUCGCAGUGCAAAAGUUAGUGUGGGACGAACGACUUCACCUUUCAUACCCUUUUGCGCAAGGACGUCUAUCUACAUCAGAAUUCGUGUGGGACUGGUACGAUAUGGUAUCGGCAUAUAGUAGAAGAGGCAUCACCAAGUCCUACGAUCGGCUACCAGCGCUUUCCGGUCUCGCCAAGGUGAUGGAGGAAUGCACCGGGCAGCGAUACCUUGCCGGGUUGUGGAAGUACCACCUGCAUUAUGGGUUGCUUUGGAGGAGAAGCGAGAAUUGGCUUGAAACCCCGUUAGAUGGCUUUCGCGCCCCAAGUUGGAGUUGGGCGUCUUUGGAAGGCGCUGUCAUGAUGCCCGAGAUCGGAAACAUUCUGCCCUCGGGAAACGAGAUGGAGGUGGUGGUGAGGAUUACUCAAGCAGAGACAACGCCACUCGGCUUGGACCCGAGGGGUAUGUUGAAAUCGGGAUAUCUGCAGCUAGAAGGAAAGCUCAGACUAGCCGAUCCAAGAGAAAACCCAGAAUCCCCGGGUUAUCAGAGGUUCUCGACCUAUCGGAAAGAGUUAGCAAUUGAUUUGCUCAAGGAGAAUGGGAUCAUGGUCGGAUUAGCAGUGUUCGACAAGGAUUACUGCGGAAGUAACAUCCCUCUCUACUACUUACAGGUGUCGAGAAGAGUCAAAGAACCAAGCCGUUGGUACGGGCUCCUGCUAGAGGCAACAAGCCAGCCGCAAGAGUUCCGUCGUGUUGGCUUCUGCCGCACGGAAGAAUAUCCACUUCGAGACUGGUUCGCGCAUGUCGCUGAAGAGAUGAUCACGAUAGUUUGA